CUUAUCCUGACCCUCCUUUAUCUCUCCUCUCUGUCUCUCUUUCGUUUCCAGCCCGGAUAACGGAGGUGGACGAGCUUGGAGUUGUUGUUAUUUUUUUAUUAUUAUUAUUUAUUCCUCGUUUUUGGGAGACCCGCCACCGGGCAUGGAGGAUGUAAAAGACCCACCGACCGUCCACCGGUCCUCCUCCUUCAGUAUUAAGAGCCUCCUGCUUCCCUCUAAGUGCGACAGACCGGACCACGUCGCUGCUGCCGCCGCUGCCGCUGUCGUUGGCAUCCCCGGGACCUUCUCUCCUACCCCGGGCUCCGACUCUGAGAAGUCGCUGGACCCACCGGAGGUGGACUCCACCGCUGCGGCUUUGGACCCGGAGAAGCCAGCCAAGGAGGAGCAGGGGGAAGAGGAGGAGGAGGAGUGCGGAGGGGGAGGUGGCGGAGGGGACGGCGCCAAGGCCACACCAGAGCAGAAUACUAACGGCAAUAAUAGCGGGAAAAACGGGAAAUAUGACAAGCCUCCAUUCAGUUACAACGCCCUAAUCAUGAUGGCCAUCCGGCAGAGCCCCGAGAAGCGGCUCACGCUGAACGGCAUCUAUGAGUUCAUCAUGAAAAACUUCCCGUAUUACCGGGAGCACAAGCAGGGCUGGCAGAACUCCAUCCGGCACAACCUGAGCCUCAAUAAGUGCUUCGUCAAGGUGCCCAGGCACUACGACGACCCGGGGAAGGGGAACUACUGGAUGCUGGACCCGAGCAGCGAUGAUGUUUUCAUCGGAGGGACAACCGGGAAGCUCCGCAGACGCUCCGCCACCUCCCGGGGCAAGCUGGCGAUGAAGCGCGGGCUGCGCUUCGCUCCUCUCGGCUUGGGGAUUAACGAGCGGGCGAACAACCCGCUCUACUGGCAGAUAUCUCCCUUUCUCUCCCUGCACCAUCACCAUCACCACCACCCGCACUACAACGGAUCCUCACCCGGGUUUUUGAACCAGGCUGCCGGCUACGGUUCGCUGCUGACUGGAGUGGAGCAGCUGAGCAACGGGGACCUGGGGCGCUCCAUUCUGGGCGGGUCGGCCGCCGGGGCGCUGGGCUUGACGAACAGUUACGGGAUGAGCACGUCGCCGGUCGGGCUUCUCUCCGGACAGUCUGCCGGGUAUUUUGUCUCAGGGACCCAGCAUGCAGCGGCCCCGGGGCCUCCGGGAGGAGGACCGCCUCCUCAUCCGUCGCAUCUCCAGCAGAGCGCAUCGGGUUUUGGCGGCUUGGCGACCAGCAGCUCCUCGCAGUCCCUGCUUUCGGACUCCCUCAGAAAUAGCUCCCUAACGGCCUUCUCCCCGGGCAUGUCCGCGGGGUUCCCCGGGAUGCUGUCCCAUCAAAAGAGGGUGACUUCUAACUUCCUAAACUGAACUCCCCCUCCUCCCGCAUCACCAUCACUUCUCAGUGGAUGGCACUGGGUCGAGGACGCACAAAAGACGUCAUGUUAAGGGCAAAUAAUAAGUGGUAAAUAUCAAUUAUUGAACGCAAAAAAUAUAUAUGAAGUGAACCUUUUUUGGCCAUAUUCCGCCCCGAAGAGCAACGGCUUUAUUUUUAAGGAUUUCUUUUCGCAAUUGUUUGAAAAAGGGACAAACUUUUGUUACCCGCGGGUUGUACAACUGUAAACUAGACUUGCCAAAGGUAACGCUUUAAGUAUAUUUCCAGCUAUUUAUAUAUUGUACAAAGAUUUUCAGUACUUUCUUUGAGUCUUUUAUUUAUGUUUUGUAUUUAUUGUACAAUGUAUUUAAAUUCUAUUUGUCAGUGUAUAAGAAAAGGGGGAGGGAGGGAGCGAAAGGAGACAUACAGGGUUAAUAAUUAUUUAUAAAUUUUGAGACAAUCAAUGAGAAGAAAAACACAAUCAAAACUUUUUCGGGUGGAAAAACUUUUGAAUAAGUAGAUAAUGAAUAGAUAUAGCCUUAAAAUCAGCAGAAACAAUCAGGGGUUUUGAGAGGAAACAUAAGCCUACAAAUCAUAUCUCUACUCAGGUUUGACCCCAGACAGGCCUAAUAAUGAUAACCAUAAUCACAUGAAUAUUAAAAAAACUGCUCUCUGUGAAGAGUUUCCUUCCAAAAUAAUGAUAUCCAAAAAUAAAACAAACUUUCUCCAAUAUGACAGAACUAUAGUUAAGCUAACAUCCUUACUGCUGCCUUUCAGUGCUAGAAAUGUAUUUACUUUGACUUGAACCACCGCUUUAAGUAAAUCAAUAUAUACAUGGAUAUAAUUGUUUUUGGAAUAAAGCUCUUCAUAUGGAAAAUUAUGCAAAUCAACGGAGCUGUAACACAAGUUUUUGUAUGUUUUCUGUUUAUCAUCAAAUCCUAGAUUGUCCUCUUCACUUCAGAUGGUUUUUGGUUUGAUUAGGCCUGUGUGUGUGUGUGUGAGUGUGUGUGUGUACAGGUCAGUACGAGCGUAAAACAUACUGCGCAUGUGCACCCAGGGCCGCCGUACAAACUAUUUCAUUAAUAAAAAAACAACAACACUUUAGCUCCAUUCCAUUUUGAACCACCCGCUGACCUGCUCCUAUUUCCGGGGAAAAUUUUAAAGUGACCGGUGGACGCUUCUGCAGUUUUUUCUGCAGUUUUCUGGGUGGAAAAAAACACACUCCUAACACACACACACACACACACACACACACACACACACACACACAUGCACACACGCAGCUAGUGUCAGGCAAAAAGCUUGUAUCUCCAAAAUACCAUCUUUAAAAAAAAAAAAAAAAAGUGUUGCUGGAAACUAAUAAGAAAAACAAUUUUAAUGAGCAUGAUGAUUCAUUGUUGACCUUGGAAAUAGCUUAAGAAAAUAAUCUCCACUUCACCAGAGCUUUCAACACAUCUCAUGGCCUUCCUCAUGGCUCAGUUGUCAUCGGGACAGUUUUAGUUUAAUUUAAUUUGAAUGGAAAUGGAUGAAAGUGCAUUUUUGGGGAAUUAUUUUGAGGGUUUUAUGAAAAAAAGAGUCUCUGAACUUCACCACACUGGGAGAUACGAGGUUCUCAGCCGCAAUGAUGGGCGGAUAUUAUGCAACAAACAAGCUUCAAUGGCAUCCUAAAAACGUGCAUCAGCUGACCUCAGCAGGGAGGGAAGGGCCGCAAUUGGCAGUCUGAUACCGCUACUCAUGUUUCAUGUGCCGACAUUAGUGAUACUGAGGUUUUAGUGAAAAGUCAACAAGGUGUUGUAGAUUAAAAACUGAAAACAAUUUUUAUUUUCCUACACAUUUUUGUUUCAUUCAUUAUUUAAACUUAUUUUUUGUAAUAUUAUUCCAACAUGUUGCAGGAUUCAUAAAGAGUCUGCUCUUGUUAUUUGCAGCCCAGAAAUUAACUUAAAAAAUAAGAUAUGCAUUUACUUUACUUUCAUUUGGAAGUACUGGUUAUGUGAAUUUAAUUUUCUCUUUUUUUGGGGGGCUCAAACUGAUAAUAAUUAUUUAUUCCUCGAUAUAUAAUUCCUUUGCAAUUAAUAUUUGGUGCAACUUAGUCAGUAUUUAAUUACAUGAAUCAUGUUACACAAACUAGUAAAAUAAUAAUAACUAAAAUGAUUUGAAUUUGUACAGUUGUAUUACGUUUUCCUAAUCAGCAUUAUAGCCCACAUUUGAUCAAAUAAAUGAAUAAAAAUUAUAUCUCUUCCUGACUGUUUACAAGGAAAAUUCAAAACAAAGUGCACAGCACCUCGUGACUGCAUUAUAAAAGAUAUCCUGAUGUUCGUGCUAUUUCUUUUAUUAUAAGCACAGAGAAUGAGCAGCGUUUGAUAUCAAAGUAUUGAUCACUGUGGUAUUGAUCGGUCCGUCCUCAGAUCUCAGGUCAGUGCUGUCUGAGCUCUGAAACAUCAUCAGGCUCAAAUAAAUGUUGCCUUUAAAAAAAAAAGAAGCUCCAGUAGAGAAAAUGAGGCUGCAGAUCAGGUUGAUUUAUAAAACGGCUGUUUAUGGCUAAUGUGAUGCCUGUUUAUCAAUAAAAUGUCAAUGAUAUAAAAACUUAAAAUUGCAGAAAUUAGUAAAAGUGACAUUAUUAUGUGAAUUAUUACAUUUAAAAGGAAAUACAGAUAUUUAAAAAAAAUAAUUCUGGUUUAAAUUAGGCUAAAAUCACUGCUGUUGAUAAUAUUAAACUGCACUGUUGAAUAUAUUGAUUAUUAUUUAAAUCACCAUCAGUUUGGGGCCUUUUAUUGCAAAAAUAGAUAUACUCUUUUGACCGUAAACAACCCGCAUGUUGGAUUUAAUUUUAAUUGAUUUGAAUUUGAGUUUUUGAAAAUGAACCCCUGUGUAAUGUUUCUGUUGAUAUAUCUUAAACAGCUGAGCAGACAGCAAACCAGAAGCUGCUUUCUCCCCAUGUUUCAAUUAUUAUGUUUUACAGAGCAAGACAGAAACAACUUAUGUAACCUCUGACCAAAAUAAAAGCCUCCUGAAGCCCAAACAAAGGCUGACCUUGACACACAUACACACACACAC